AACUGUCAAUUCGCCGCUCACCUCGUGUUGAACAAACAACGUGCACGUUUUCAAUGUGUUUCAGGUUGCGAUAAAUCCACGCGCCGUGUUAGCCUUUCGUUUUCGUUUGCUUUUGUGAAGUGUUGUUAGGAUGGGCCGUAAAAUAAAUCUCGAGAGACCGAAAAAGGGACCUGGCCGAAAGGCCCGGAAACAGCCAGAACCAGAGUUUCAGUUCAAAAAGGGCGAGGAUGAGGAUUCCAACAAGAAGCUGUCCCGCCAUCAAAUCCAGCGGCUCAAGAAGCGCGAAAUGCUAAAGCAAAAGCAGAAGGAAGAGAAGAAGACGAAAAAAGCGACAAAGAACGCGGCAAAAGUAGCCGCCGUCCCGAACACGUUCGAUCCGGCGGAGAUUUUCAACAUUGAAAAAAGCCGACAGAAGUACCAGCAACUGGGCCAAAAGAGCAAAACACCACAGCCCGUCGCAACCAAUGGCCAUCAGAAUGGCAGCGCGAAGAAGGGUCGCAACUUGUUCGAUAGCGAUAAUGAAAUGGAUGAGGAUGAGCAAAAGGCAGCCACCGGCAAGAAGGUACAGGUGAAGAAAAGCCAAAUGAAGAAGUUUCUUCAACGGGCGGAAUCGGAAGAUGAGAGCGAUUCGGAGGAAGAGGAGAUGGACAGCGAUGUAGAAGAGGAAGAGGAUGAGGAGGCGGAGAGCGUCGAGGGCGAGGAAGAUGAUUAUGAAGAUGAGGAUGUUGGCGAGGAGCUGGACGACGAAGAGGAGGACGAUGAGAUGGGCGCAGAAGAAGAUUAUGAGGACGAUGAUGAGGAUGAUGAGGAUGAUGAAGAUGAAGAAGAUGAAGAUGACGAUGAUGAAGACGAUGAGGAUGGCGAUAUGCUGCCGAUUGAGGCGGCCAACAAGAAGCUGAAGAAACGGAUGGAGCGGGAGCAGAAGGAAGCUGACGCAGAAAUGGCCGAAGCCGCGGUUAACCGCGAACGCUUUGCCUUCCCAACCGAGGAAGAGCUGGCUCAAACGACCAGCCUGCAGGACGUGAACAUGCGUAUCAAGGACGUGGUGGGCGUACUGUCGGACUUUGCGGCGAAUCGCGAUCCGAAUCGCUCCCGCUGCGAGUACAUCGACCUGCUGCGAAGGGAUCUCUGUCUGUACUACUCGUAUAACGACUUUUUCAUGGGCCUGCUGAUGGAAAUCUUCUCGCCAAACGAGCUGCUGGAGUUUCUCGAAGCGUCGGAAAUUCAACGCCCCGUGACGAUCCGCACGAACAGUCUGAAGACUCGGCGUCGCGAUUUAGCCCAGGCGCUGAUCAAUCGCGGCAUCAAUCUGGACCCGAUCGGGAAGUGGUCGAAGGAGGGCUUGGUGGUGUACACGUCGCAAGUGCCACUGGGAGCCACGCCGGAGUAUCUUGCCGGCCACUAUAUGCUGCAAGGUGGCUCCAGUAUGCUGCCCGUAAUGGCCCUGGCGCCGGAGGAAAACGAACGCAUUCUCGAUAUGUGCGCUGCGCCGGGCGGCAAGAGCUCCCACAUUGCCGCGCUGAUGAAGAACACGGGCGUGCUGUUUGUGAACGAUGCAAACAAGGAGCGGCUGCACGCGGUGUUGGGCAACUUCCAUCGGCUCGGCAUACAGAACGCAGUCAUCACCUGUAUGGACGGUGUCAAGUACCGCAACAUCAUGAAGGGCUUCGACCGCGUGCUGCUCGAUGCGCCCUGCACCGGCUCGGGCGUCAUCUCGAAGGACCCGAGCGUGAAGGCCACGAAGAACGAGAUCGAUGUGCAGCGGUGUUACAACUUGCAGCGGCGCCUGCUGCUGACCGCGAUCGAUUGCCUGUCGGCCAGCUCGCCGACCGGCGGCUACCUGGUGUAUUCCACCUGCUCCAUCCUGCCGCAGGAAAACGAAUGGGUGAUUGAUUUCGCACUGAAACGGCGCAACGUGCGACUGGUGCCGACGGGGCUCGACUUCGGUGUCGAGGGCAUGACCAACUUCGGGGCGCACCGGUUUCAUCCGACGAUGAAGCUAACGCGUCGCUUCUAUCCCCACACCCACAAUCUGGACGGGUUCUUCGUGGCCAAGCUGCAGAAAUUCUCCGACGCCAUACCGAAGUGCGUGGACGGUGAGCCGGAGGCGGAGGAUGAGGUGGAGGAAGAGCCGGAGGAGGAAAUGAAGCUGCCGAAGAAGAUCGACAAGCGCGACUGGUACUACCAGGACAUUAUCGACGAGCGCAAGGCACAGCGGGAGGACAAAAACAAGAACCACGUCGUGACGGUGUUCCAGAAGCCAGCGAACGUUAAGAAGGGACCGAAAAAGCCCAAACAACCACAGCCGAGUGCUGGGGAAAGGGAGCAAAAGUCACAAAAGCCGGCAAGCGAGGAGCCGAAGCAGCCAGCAACGAACGGCACCAGCAGCAGCAGCAAGCAGCGUCAACCGGCACCGAAAAGCAACACCGAACAACGGGAAGCGGAAGAGGCGUUGCGUUUGAAGAAGAAGCUCAAACAGGUGCAGACUAAGAAUGGCAAAGCUGGCCCAGGGGGUAAGAAGAAUGGCGAGAAGAAGAAGAUUGUGCAGGGCGUGAAAAAGGGUGCGUUUAAAAGUAAGGUGGGGAAAAUGAGAACGGCUAAGUAGUAACGGUCGAGCGUAUGUAAUUAGAUUUAUUCACCCCUAUUUGUUUAUUGGCUUAUUCCUUUGGUGGGAAUACAAUAAAAUUAAUUCUAAUGAAACGGA